GUGCCUCUUUCUGGAGACGAGUGAACACAGUAUUGAGUUGUUGAAAUGGCAGGUGAAGAAAUGAAUGAAGACUAUCCGGUAGAAAUUCAUGAAUCUUUAUCAGACCGGGAGAGCUCCCUGGGUGCUGUGGCUGACAUGCUGAAGACCAUGAUGCCUGUCUCUAGAAAUGAGUUGUUGCAGAAUUUGGACCCACUGGAGCAAGCCAAAGUGGAUUUAGUCUUUGCAUACAAAUUAAACUCAAUGUUUUGGGUUUAUUUGGUAACCCAAGGAGUUAAUCCGAAGGAACAUCUAGUGAAGCAAGAAUUGGAAAGAAUCAGAGUCUACAUGAACAGAGUCAAAGAAAUAACAGACAAGAAAAAGGCUGCCAAGUUGAACAGAGGUGCUGCCUCGAGAUUUGUCAAAAACGCGCUCUGGGAACCAAAACGGAAAAACACACCAAACGUUGCUAAUAAAGGAAAACGUAAACAUUAACCUUUUGGUUUUGAUGGACAUGUUUCCAAAAAGUACAUUGUGUUUAUCAGUUUACAAAAUAGGUAGUUAUGUGGCAAUGUGAGGUUUAAAUGUAUUCCUUUUUGAAUUCAUAUAUACAUUUACACAUUAAAUUUGUGAUACUGAAUCUUUUUUUGCUGAGAAAGAUUAAGUUGUCUUUAUUGAUUUUCAUAUAAAUCACCGUGUUUUUAAUACUAUAAGAUAUUCUGUAAGCAAUUGUAAAAUUCAAAUUUUCUUUAUAAACAUUUGUAGUGUUUUAAAUGAAUAAUGAUAUUAUAAAGUAUGCUGUCUGUAGACUGGAGUUGUCAGGAAUCUGUUUCCACUAAUGGUGAUAAAUGCAAUGACUUAAAUACCCACUUUCUUUUCUACUUAGUUAGUUCAACAUGUUUCUAUGAUUUUUGAAGUAAUUGCUUUCUUGAUAUUCAAAGUGCAAAACUGAAACCUUAAAGUGGUACUUUAAUUCUUCAUGUUCCACUUAAAAUAAAACAUUCUCAUUACCACUGGG